AUGGAUGUCGCAGCUAAUACCCGCACCAUAUGGAUUGUAUUUGGAAGUUUAUCAGGUGUCGGUCUUAUUCUUGCUUUUAUACGAACAUGGGCAUGGUACUCAAAAUCUGGUAGAACUAUAAUUGAUUUACCAACACUUGCGAAAUUUUUUCUUUAUAUUAUGGGUAUUGUUGGUACUGUUAUGUUUCUUGUAGCAAGUUGUGCUGCCGUUUGGUGGUUAGCUUUUUACAAAAAAGAAUAUAAUAAUACCUUUGAAUCUGAUACGAAUUCAAUACAAAAAGUCUUUCGAAUUCUAUUGAUUGUUUCAUUUGCACUUAAAACAAUUGAUAUUAUUCAUCUGAUUAUACGACAAGCAACAAUAGAUAUUUUUUUUAUCGAUUGGGAAAGACCAAAAGCAGGUGAUAUAAAUCAUGUUUCCGCUUGGCGAACAUAUUUUGUAGCUAAUGAAUUUAAUGAAAUUCAAACAUUUCGUCGUAUUCAUGUAUCAUUUCAUCUUCUAUUUGUUCUAUUCUUACUUAAAGUAAUCAAUCUCGAAAAUCUAGCUUUAGCUGGUCCAGAUAUUACUCUCUCUGCACCUACAUUUCAAGGUAAUUAUACAACAGAAUAUAAUCGUAUUUUUCGUAUUGGUAUUGCUUUUCCUGUUCUACUUGGCACUGGUUUUAUUCAAUAUUUUUUCUAUAUAAUAUUUUAUCAACGUUUCAUAGAAAAUAAAAUAAUGAAUUUUAUUGAUUUAUGUUCCGUGUCAAAUAUCAGUGUUUUUAUUCUUGAUCAAAAUCGUCAUGGAUAUUAUAUUCAUGGUCGAUCACCACAUGGUACAACUGAUGUUAAUAUGAAAGAUAUGUUAAUGAAUUUAGAACGUGAAUCAAGAAUGUUAAGUGGUACACGUGGUUUACAAGCAAAUUCAACUGAACAAAUAUUUAUUAUGAAAAUUAAUCGAACAUUUCGUACGCAAUAUGAUUUAUUAUUUCGAAAAUAUUCUGAUUUUGUGGGACCACGACGGUCAAAAAAAGAUAAAGAACAUUAUACAGAUGUUUUACUUGAAUCUUAUCGAAAUUUAAAUAGUUUUUUAUGUUCAUAUAUUGAUCAUUCAUUACCAGCACAUGAAUAUUAUGUUCGAAAUCGAUAUUUAGUAGAAAAAUUAUUUAAUUAUGAAUUUCAAAUUGGUAUGACAGGUUAUAAUGAUAGUUUAUUUUUUGUUGAUAAUGAGAAAACUUUUACAGAAAUUUUAUUUUAUGGUGAAGAAAAUUCAUUAUUUAUUUGGAAUAUAAUUACUUUUCUUUUUAUUGAUUUUCUUUCUUCAAAUUAUGUGUUAGCAGCUAUCAUUACUUAUUUACUUAAUUUAAUAGCCGUUGCUUUACGUAAUUCAUUUGGUCGUAAAAAUUUAUCAAAGAAAACUUUAGUUCCAAGAGAACUUUUAAUUUAA